AAAAAAAACCAGCAGUGCACUUUUACUUGAGAACUACGCGGCAUAUCAGGCGACCUAUGCUGAGGCCUGAAUAGACAUUUUGACGGCCAGCCUAUUGAAUGCCGGGAACCGGAUAUAGGCCCCACGUCGCCAUAGGCAGCAUACAAGGUGAGGCUGUACGGCGGGCUGAGCUGUAGGCUUGAGGAGAGAGACACGCAAGAAAACAGGCUUUGCUUUCAAAAUAUCAGUGAAUCUCCCAUCCGUCAAAAACUACUUCCAAAUAAUAACUUUUGCACAUGCAUACCUUACCACCGUAGCCUGUUCUCAAUUCUUCGAAGCAAGAGCACUGUUGAAACAUUUGCGCGAGAAAGAAGAGGAACAAAAGGACAAAACAAAGCUCGGUGAUGAUGCCACAACAGAUACCUUGGGUGGUAUAAUCACAGCUGAAACGGUCAGUUUCGACACUUCGACUGUUGCAGACAUCCAGUUUCCAGGCAGGAGCUACCAAGACCCCGUUUCAAGCUUACCAGCCGUGUUCCCAUGGCACAACCCGACACCAUGUGAAAAGUGCGAUGAGAAGAUGAUGACUACAAGAAAGGACACUGGCAGUACAGCAGAUGCUCACUCCGAAGACUAAGCAUACAUAACCGACCAUGUGAGUCUGGAAUGUGCAUUUGAUACAUAACCCUCCUCGGAUGUUACACCAUUGUUGGUAGCUAGGCUGACACCAAAUAUAGUGUGUUUUCGAUAUGCAAUAUGACUUCUUCGUAACGAUGGGUGGGCUCGCCGUGAGGCAUCAAGAAAGUGAUAUAUAUGAAGGGCACAAAAUGCGCACAUGUAUCAUCUCUGCCCAUCUUGCAAAGGAGGUAGCAGAUCAAGAUGUCAAAGCACUGAUGCUGCCAAGGUCCUUCAUAAUGCAUCAGAGCAAGGCGGACUUCUUCAAGAAAUCGCUGGUUGUUAUCCAAGUUAGUUGGGUGAUUAUUGAGUGUGCUGCGCGCAAGGUAUAUGGCUUACCACUCAGUCUGUUGGAGUUGCACAUUAUGGUACAUGUGGUUUGUGCAAUUUUGAUGUAUGCCUUUUGGUUUAAUAAACCAUGGAAAUAUUCUGACUUUCAGCACAAACUCGUACACAAAAACCCCUUCGAUCUCCUCCUCGAAGCCCUGGCCUAUGUCUAUCAUCACAAGUUAGCAGUAUUUAGCUCUCUCGUCCUACCUGUGGCCUACGGCGGUGUCCAUCUUUCGGCUUGGAACUUCGAAUUUCCCACUGUUCAAAAGGCCGUUAUCUGGAAGGUGUCCUCCAUUAUUAUCGUAACUAUUGGACCAGCUCUGAUAUUGGCCACACUCUUUGCAGCCGCUUUUUCUUGGCUGAUUCUCGGUUGCGACGAACCAGAGCAUUACGACUCGGAUGAUGAAGUCGCAGUGUUGGGCCAGGCGGUUAUGCCCCUUCUCAUCACUCCUUUCAUAUUCGGUAUCACCAUGCUAAUUGUGAUGCUGGCCGCCCGCGUGUUCUUGGUAGUGGAGGUCUUCAUCAGUUUACGGGCCGCACCUCUAGGUGUGUUUUACAGUCCUGCUUGUGUUGAAAUGUUACCGCAUGUAUGA